AUGGACCUACCAAUUGGAGCCCGGGGCCAGCUUUGUGUCAGCGCUAUUUGUUUACUAGGCCUCUUCUUUAUUUUGUAUGUCCUAUACGUCCGAUUCCUCGGCCCAUUGGCCCAAAUCCCAGGCCCGUUCGCGGCGUCUGUCUCCCGAUUGUGGAUGGUGCAGCACUCGGACAAGGGCGACUUGCAUCGCGUCAUGCUCAACCUUCAUGAAAAACAUGGUAAACUGGUUAGGGUCGGCCCCAAAGAAGUGAGCGUGGCUGACCUGGCUGCUAUUAAGGCCAUAUAUGGCGCGGGCACGAAAUUCAGGAAGAGCGACUGGUAUAGUGUCUGGCAGGGCCGCCGCAAGUUCGAUCUAUUCGCAGAACGAGAUGAGGGUAUUCACGGAACCCAGCGAAGACUUGUGAACAACAUUUAUUCCAUGACAAGCUUGAAAGAGUUUGAACCAGGAGUCGAGAAGAUUUUGGAGAGUUUCAUGCAAUGCAUGUCACGACAUGGUUCCGACGCGGUAAUCAAUUUGGGAAAGUGGCUGCAACUUUUUGCCUUUGACGUGAUUGGCCAGAUUACAUUCUCAAAGACAUUCGGCUUUCUCGAAAAUGGUACAGAUAGUGGUGCUUUCAGCCAAAUCGAGAACGCUCUUCGCUCUGCUGCGUGGGUUGGUCAGGUCCCGUGGCUUUACUGGAUACAUGAUUACUUGACACCUAUCAUCGGUAGUCACCUGGCUAUUACUGCGCGGCAUGGAAAGCUUCGUCAGAUCGCAGCUGGUGAAGUGACGAGCCGCAAAGGGAUUAACGGCGAGCAGCAUGAUAUUCUUGCCAAGCUAUAUGAUGUCCAAACCAAAAAAGAACAGCAGAUGUCAGACGACGAUAUCUUGUCCAUGGCAGCAUCAAAUGUGUUUGCUGGAUCCGACACAACGGCUAUCUCUCUUAGGUCUAUCAUCUACUACUUGUUGAAGAACCCUCGUUGUCUGUCCAAACUCAUGGAUGAAAUUGAUGACCGGCAAAAGCAAGGAAAACUCUCCGACCCAGUUAAAUUGGACGAGGCGGACGAGAUGCCAUACCUUCAAGCAUGCAUGUACGAGGCUUUGAGACUACAUCCGGCUGUUGGUAUGAGCCUGCCAAGAGUUGUACCUAAAGAGGGGAUAGUGAUCAACGGCUGCUUUUUGCCGGGUGGAACGACAGUGGGCGUUAACCCUUGGGUUGUCCACAGGGACCAGAGUGUGUUUGGAGAAGAUGUUGAAACAUUUCGUCCCGAAAGAUGGUUGGUUGGCGACAACGGUAACAUGAAACGCUUCUUUUUUGCAUUCGGCGGCGGUGCUCGAGUUUGCAUUGGGAAAAAUAUCAGUUGGAUGGAGAUGAGCAAGAUGAUACCAACGUUUUUCAAUCGAUUUGAAGUAGCGUUCACAAAUCCCGAUGCUGUGUGGAAAGAGACCUGCUGGUGGUUCGUGAAGCAAGAAGGUCUGCUAGUCAAAGUUUGUCCGCGCAAGUGA